AUGUUGUUAAAAAAUGAUGUGACACGUUACCAUUACUUGAUAACGUUACAUACAAUAUGUUCGAUAGCUUUUAUUAUACGUUUUAUCGUUUUAUGUACUGAUUUAUCGUCAGCUAAAAAAGAUUCGAUAGCUUUUCCUAUAAUAAUAUUACUAUUAGAAUUAGGUUCAUCGUUUGUUACUUUCAUUGCAAAUUUAUGUUAUGUAUUUCUUCGUUAUAUUGGAUCAAUUUUAUUUGAAUCUGAUCGUGAAAAUGUUGGAUGUUGUUCUCAAUCAUUUGCUUGGAAUCUUUCGACAUUAACAUGUUUUCGUUGUGAAUGUUAUCUUGAAUAUCCUCAACUUAUAUCAAUAACUCGAUUUAAUAUUUUAAUUGCAUUUGAAAUAAUACGAUUUAUAGGAUUUAUUCUUGCUUGUGUAUGUGCUAGCCGGUAUUCACCGAUAGGGGUAGGUUAUGCAAUUUUAGCUGCAUUUUCAUUUAUACCUUCACUAUGGCUAUUAAUUGUUGAAUAUUUACAUUAUCGUCGUUUAUGGUUUCAUUAUCAUCCAGAUGUUUCAUCUGAUGAGAAGCGGGAAUAUGAUAGUCAUCAUUUACGUUUUUUACCAUUAGCACUUACAAAUGAUCAACAAACAAGUUAUUGGCAAAAAUCUCGAUGUAAUAAAGGAAAUAAUUGUUUAUCAAGAAAUCUUUAUCAUGUAAUUAUGUAUCAUUCAAGUAACACAAGAUAUCCACCUGAACAAACAACAGAUGGUCAAAUCGUUAUUGGUUUCCAUCAGACUAGUCACGCUUCUGCUGCAUCUAUUGCUAAAACAAACUUUAAACCAGGACAAAGUGGAUGGAUUGGACCUGGUAUAUAUUUUGCAACGUCACUUGAUCAUACAGAAUUUAAAGCAAAUCAGUUUGGAGCAUAUAUUUGUGCUAAAGUAAAUUUAGGUAAAACAAGACGUAUAACUGCUCCACAACAAUGGCCUUCUACGGAAGAGUAUGACACAGUUUAUUAUCAACAUCCUAUAGGUGCUGAUGAAUUUUGUGUUCAUGAUCCAAAACAAAUUCUUUCAUGGAUUAUUCUGAUUGAUCAAGAUCCAAAUAAGCAAUUAUUAGAACAAAGAAAUAUUCUACCGCUAUCAUCAGGAAAAUAUAUUGAAGAUCGUUUGGAAGACAUUACUUAUAGAGGAUGUUUCAUUUAA